AUGAUCCGCUCCCGAAACCCACCCAUCUUCACCAGCAACGGCUACCAACCCUCCAUCCUCAUGGGCACCUCUCAAAAGACCCGUGCAUCGACCAGGCAGUGUCGUUUCAUUCCUCAAGCUCAACCCGCUGCCUCUAUCUCUACUACAGAAGCACCUGGCAUGUCCCAGUCACCUCCUCCUCCACGUUCCAGCGCUGACUACAUCCCGAUCUGGCUGUACGCCGAAGUUCCUCCUCAAGCCUUUACUUUCACCCCGCCUCCCAUGCAAAUUCAAGUCCCAGACUUUAUGAACGACUUGUCGAUGAUUACGGUCUCACCUCAAGAAUGCUUUCAGCCAGCUACUACGCCAGCUCCGUCCGAGCUCUCGAUGGAUAUUGAUGCUAUGGACUGGGUCACCUGCCCUUCCUCGCCAAUGUCAGCGAUGUCGCGUGUUGUUCCUGACCUGAACUGGAGGUCGGCGCCGCCUUCUCCUUCCCCCUCACCACCAGCAGUGCCGAUGGUCGUGGCUCCAGCCUCAAUGGCCUUUCAACAGCACUCCAUGCUGCCAGAGCUUCCUUUCCAAGGCCGAAGCCGCAGCAUCUUUUUGAGCGACCGAUUGGCGGGCAGCAGUGGUGUUAACUCUCGGGUACGAGACCUUCUCCACAACACGGCGGUACAGCGGAUCCGGACCUGGCUCCGCAAGACGAUCGAGCCUAAUGCUAUGACGCAGUGGGCGAACCGGUCGCUCUUUGACCAAAUGUCGCGUCAGGCCGGUGCAGUCCCUGUCGGAUCCACCAUCAUGGACCACAACACUACCGUAACCAAGGAGUGUCCGAUCUGCUACCAGGUUGAAGAUGUAGUCAAGAUCAUAUUUGGAUGCAACCACGAGAUUUGCUGGAAGUGCGAGGCCGACCUGGAUCGAUUUGGGAAUAUUUCUUGCCCGCUGUGCCGAGGCCUGCGACUGACGACCAGUUACAGUAGCCCAGAGGACCUCUUUGCGACGACGAUUGGUAUCCAACCAAGCGAUUAUACCCAUCGUCUUUGUCCCCAGCCUUCAAGUACACCUGAGAGGCGGCCUCUUUUCAGCCUUUCGCAGUCCUGGUUCGGGGAUGAUAACCGAGAGGAGCGCGAUGCAAGGAUCGAGCACGAACUGUCCGAUCGAUACCUUUGGGAGCCGAGCAACUCGUUCCUGGAACACCUCGCGUCGAAGAAGGAUCACUCUGCCAACCAGUAUUUCCAGCUCCACGCCGCUCAGGAUCUCUGCCUCAAGUCAUCGAAUGACGAUCAUUUCCGCGAGUACAACGACCGGAUCCCUCUUAACCCACCCACCUCGGGCUUGGUUCUCCCUCCGCAUCGACUCUACAUUGCCCUGAUCCACUUUUCCCUCGACAUGUUGACACUCCCUAACCCGGCGCGGUUCCAGAACCAGCGCAAGUUCAAGGCCGAGCUAAUGCUCCUGGAGUUGGUUACACUGUUCUUGGUCCCCACAGACGAAUUUUCACCACGGCUCCCUGACCGGAUCUACAAUGCAGCCGCAUGGAUUGAGCAAGGGGAAUUUAUCUUGUCCAGAAUCCGUCGAUUCAUGCGAGCGAAAAUUGCGCAACACAAGGCCGAGACCGAGGAUGGGGGGAAUGAAUUGGGAGUGCCGUCAACGCCGAUCUCACGAGAGAUUUUGUACCUGGGCGUGGCGCGGUGGAGUUGGAUCGCGCAGUCACUUACUAUCCUGCUGAAGUGGAUCCAGCUGGCGGACUCGAAUCCGUCGAUGGUCCCUCCUGUCAUGCAUUCCCAUCUGGGCAAGCAUCAUGAGCCGUACUCGGACAUUGAUCCUCGUGUCACAAAGCGACUGCGCCAUCAUCGACGCUGGAUGACCAACUAA